AUGGGCUGGAGCGAAGGACAGACCAAAGCCAUCAUCCAGUCAUUGAUGUCUUCAGGCCUUUUCCAGAUCAACAGCUCGUCCUCACUGUUAACGCUGGGCACUCUCAUUAUGGGCAUUCCCUCCAGAGUGUUCCUCAGCAUCAGCAGCUCUGAGAUCCUAACUGCAUCCAAAUAUUCCUCUGUUGUGGGACACAUAAAGUCUGCUCCGAAUGUUGUUCAGCAGUCUUUUGUCACUCAGAUCAUAUCAGUGAACAACAACAAUGAGAUGGUCAUACAGAACGUUCCAGAUGAGCUGGCCACUGAGAUCCCUCCAGUUCUGCUGCAGGGCUUCACAGUCAGCAGCAGCGUCGUCGCCACACUCAACAAGAAGACUUGGAAAAAGCAACAAGCUGAGCUGUUCUUCAACGUAAUCGCUGUGGAAAAUGCCACCGCUGAUCUGGGAACUCCAGACAAUUUGACCUCCUCUGUGCUGCAAGGCUUCACGUGCACGAGCGUGAGAACAAUUCCAAAGGUGCAGAUCAAGAAGCUGAUCAGAGCCUGCAGGAGGAGAGACCAGAGCAAGGUCGUCCUGGAGGAGACGCAGUUGACCUGCAUGUACAACUACAUCAAAGGAGACUCGGACGCCGCCAGCUUCGAGCUCUACCCUCCUGACAUGCUGCUGUACUACAAUUACUCACUGGUGCCACAGAGCAGCUGCAGGUCUUAUUUUGAACAGCUGGGCAACGCAGACUUCUCUGUCUUCUCCUCGACCCUCAGCUACAAACGGACUGCUCUGUUUGAAAACGCCAAGAGCUGCCUGGGUGUAACAAACACAAGCUUGACUCGAGAUAAUAUCUCAGUGUUGGGAAACAUGUGCUGCGUCUUGGACAAAUCCUACAUCGUAAACGCUGACCCGUCCAUCUUGGAGAAACUCAAGACCUGCUCAGAUCUGAGUGAUGCUCAAGCAGCUGCAGUUCAGUCUCUGCUGAUUGGUGGGAACACAUCAUAUGGCGCUCCUUCAACCUGGAAUGACAACACUCUGAUCAACCUCGAGCCGCUCCCGUUGUAUUUGACCUCGGCCUUCUUUGAGAACUUCAGCAAAAAAGCAAAGCAAACCUUUUUGAAGAAUUUCCUGAACGUUCUCAAGAGGGACGGAGUGAGCAGACAAAAGCGCGGGAAGAUGACUGCUGAAAUAAGAAACUCUAACAGAGUUAGGUCGAAGCGAGCUACAGUCACUGAGUGCACUGUAGGACUGAUCACCCAUGUGACUAUCAGCGACGACACCUUCCCCUUCAGCUAUGACGAUAUAAAUCAGUUCAACAGCUGCCUCACUGCUGCCAUGGUCAAAGACAACCUGGAGGCCAUCACUCAGAAGGUGGAUCAGCAGGAUUACCUCCAGAUUGUCCUCAGCAAGCUGCGACAGGUUUACACCUCCACCAUCCCAGAAGAUCAGGUUCAGGUCUUGGGCCCAGCGUCCCGUGUUGCUACUCUCAGUGACAUCAGCCUGUGGAAUAUCACUCAGCUCGACACGCUCGCUGCUUUGAUGGUCUCAGCAAACGGAGCGUGGGACCCCAGCUUGGCUAAAGCCAUCAUCUCCAAGUACCUGAGUGUGAAAGGAAACAGUCUUGGCAGCGCAGAGCUUAACGCCAUUGGGGGACCAAAUCUGUGCAGCUUGGAUGUUGAUGUUCUGGGGAAUAUUUCUUCGCAAAGCUUAAAAGAUGCAAACGCCUUGGAUGUGUCCAACUGCACCACAGACAAAUCUGAAAAACUGUUCAACAUUUCCAUCCAAGCGUUUGUCACCAGCCGCCUGAGUACCAUCCCAGUUUCCACAUACCAGCUCCAAAAAGCAUACAUUGGUGGUGCAACUGCUGACUACGUCAAGAGUUUGGUGAUCUCCAAUGUCAACAUGGAUUUGGCCACUUUCACUGGAAUAAACCGAAGCAUUAUACAAGGUCUGACUGUUGAUGACGUUAAAAAUCUUCUUGGCACUAACCUGCCAGACUUGAAGGCAUACGAAAACCAACCGGUGGUGCAGAGUUGGAUCACCAGUCAGUUUCAGUCAGACCUUAAUAGACUGGGAAUAGAUCUUUCAGGAGGCAAGGCUGGCAAUGCAACUUCCACCAGCAAUACGACGUCAUCCUCAGCCUCCAACGCUACAACGACCACAGCUCCUGCCAGCAAUGGGUCUGCAACAGCCAUGCCUGCAGUCACCACUUCAACUACAAAUACAUCCACAACUUCUACUACAACUUCUACUACAACUUCUACUACAACUUCUACCACAGCUUCCACCAAAACUACCACAGCUUCCACCACAGCUACUACUAAAUCUUCUACCACAGUUUCUACCACUAAAAGUGCCGGAGCCCGCAUCCAAGCUGACGUUGGCUUCUCUCUUCUCGUUCUCAUCGCACUCCUCAUCUCUUCUCAGCAGAAUAUAAUGUGAUGAAACAAAAGCCUAUUUAUCCUCCACUGGAGGAUAAAAUCAGUCAAAUAAUAACAGGGUGAAAUGAUGUUAUUUAUGGAUUACUGAAGGAAAUUAUGGUGAAGAUCUUUUGAAGGAAAUGUUUCAUUUGCAGUAACUAAACAAUAUGUAAAUAUUGUGUUCUUACGUGUGCAAUCCUUUGGUUUAACCUCGGCAUAUUUGCUUUUAAGAUCAAAAUUAUUACGUGUUACUAUUUACUUUUUCAUGUUAUGUUUGUAAAUUAAGACAAACGUUCAUUUCUAGAGCUGAUUUUUGAGUAGUAAUUAAGACAUAAAGCAUCAUUAUUACCAAGCUCCUAGAGCUUUUAUAAAUAAAACGUUUUUAUUGACAGAACAUGUAUGGAAAAC